GAAAAGCUUUGGUUCUUAGUUUGGCGUGGGAGCUUCAACAGCAAAGCGAAGCAAACCAAACGAACCAACGACGGUUAAGCCGAACCAUCCUCGUAGCUCCAAACCAAACCAAAGGCGUGGCAGCGUUCUAUAUCAUAUCAUAUCAUAACACAACAACAACAACAGAUUCACUUCAUUCUUAGUAUCACUCACUCACUCACUCUCAUUGCGAUCCCUGUCUCACUAACAUAAAAAAAAUGCUGCAAACGGCUCCUGCCGGAGAAGCCACCCGCGGCGGCUCCGGCAGCCGGAGGGUGGUGGUGGGGGUCAAGCUGGACUCCCCCAGCAAAGAAUUGCUCACGUGGGCUUUGGUCAAAGUUGCACACCCCGGUGACACCGUCGUUGCUCUGCAUGUGCUUGCUAACCAUGAAACUGUGAAUGGAGAUGGGAAAUCGUCGCUGCUUUCGCUUAUUAAGACGUUUGACUCUGUUCUUGCUGUUUAUGAAGGAUUCUGCAAUUUGAAACAGGUGGAUCUCAAGCUCAAAAUUUGCCGUGGUUCAUCAGUGAAGAAGAUUUUGGUUCGAGAAGCUAGCGGUUAUUCGGCAACUCAUGUUGUGGUUGGAACUACUCAUGGCCUGCAUAAAAUCCGGUCAUCUACCUUUGUAGCUAAGUACUGUGCUAAAAAGUUGUCCAAGGAUUGUUGUGUUCUUGCUGUUAACAAUGGGAAAGUUGUGUUCAAGCGAGACGGCACGCCACUGAGUGUUGCUGACUUACAAGGGAUUGAUGGUCAUCACAGAAACGGUUUGAUUAGUUCAAUUCAUUGGACACUCAGUAAGCGUACAAAGGUACUAAGUGAUGACAAUUCAGGGGUGGAUGCUAAUGAGAAGAAAAUUGGCCAGAUUUCAGAUCGCAGUUUAGCCAAGUUUUUUCUGGAUUCAACAGAAACUGUUACAAAACCAAGCUGUUCAAUUUGUGGCACAACCCUGGCAUUGCCAGACCCUUCUUGCUACCAAUCUGCAGAAGGGUUUUCUGGUGAUGAUUGUAGAGAGAAUUCUUUGGCUAUAGUGCCUGUGCAACCAACUGUUGCAACAAAACAGGAAUUGAAACCAGGUUGGCCUCUACUACACAGCAGAAUUUUAUCGGACAAGCAAUCUACUGAAAGAUCAUUGAGGCGCCCCCAGAUCUCCGUGGUUCAGUGGGCAAUGAGGUUGCCUUCUAGAAAUCUUUCAUAUGCUGUAGAUCGUGAUGAAAAACCUAGCAUUUGUGAUCUAGAUCAACCUGCGGCUUUAGAUAGUGAAAGUGGUGCUCUUGUUCCAGUAGAUUAUGAAAUAGGGAUCGCUUCUUCGCCGGAAUGCAAUUCAAGAAACAUUCCUAAAGAGUUGGAGGGCCUUCAUGAGAAAUACUCAUCAACUUGCAGAUUGUUUGAGUACCAAGAACUUGUAUCAGCCACAUCGAAUUUCAUGCCAGAAAACUUGAUUGGGAAAGGAGGAAGCAGUCAGGUGUAUAGAGGCUGCCUCCCUGAUGGCAAGGAACUUGCCGUCAAGAUCCUAAAGCCUUCUGAUGAUGUAUUGAAGGAGUUUCUUCUGGAAAUAGAAAUUAUCACUACCUUGCACCAUAAAAACAUUAUUUCCCUCCUGGGGUUCUGCUUUGAGAAUGGAAAUCUGCUUCUGGUUUAUGAUUUCUUAUCAAGAGGAAGCCUCGAAGAGAAUCUUCAUGGGAAUAAGAAAAAAUCACUUGCAUUUGGUUGGUCUGAGAGAUAUAAGGUAGCAGUGGGUGUUGCCGAGGCUAUAGAUUAUCUGCAUUCUAAAGAUGAUCAACCUGUGAUUCAUCGAGAUGUAAAGUCAUCAAAUGUAUUAUUAUCCGAGGAUUUUGAACCCCAGCUCUCUGAUUUUGGACUGGCAAAAUGGGCAUCAACCUUGUCAUCACAUACAGCCUGCACAGACGUUGUUGGAACCUUCGGUUACUUGGCUCCUGAAUACUUCAUGUAUGGCAAAGUAAAUGACAAGAUUGAUGUCUAUGCAUUUGGUGUUGUACUCCUUGAGCUUCUUUCAGGGAGAAAGCCCAUAAGCAGCGAGUAUCCUAAAGGCCAAGAGAGUCUUGUUAUGUGGGCAGGUCCAAUUCUAAAUAGUGGAAAGGUGUUGCAAUUGUUGGAUCCUAGUUUGGGUGAUAAAUAUGAUCAUGAGGAGAUGGAAAAGAUGGUAUUGGCAGCCACGCUCUGUAUCAAACGUGCGCCAAGGGCUAGGCCUCAAAUGAGCCUUAUCUCAAAGCUCCUUCAAGGUGACGCGGAUGCAAUCAAGUGGGCAAGGGUAGAAGUCAAUGCUUUGGACGCAUCAGAUAUGCUUGAUGAUGAAGCAUGUCCACCUAGUAAUAUGCAGUCACAUCUAAACCUUGCACUGCUUGAUGUGGAGGAUGACUCAGUCUCCAUAUGCAGUGUUGAGCAGGGUCUCACAUUGGAGGACUACUUGAGAGGCAGGUGGAGCCGCGAAUCGAGCUUCGAUUGAACAAACUACUAGCAAACAGCUAGAAGAAGCAUCCUUUUAUCUUAAUCUUUUUGUAAAUGAAGUUUUCUUGUGCCUCUUCCGUUAGCAUUGGUAUCUUCUGUGGGUUUUAAAUGGAUUUAGGAUGAGAGGUUGUUUGUGUGUGCCCUCCUCCUUUCCUUAAUAAUGAGGAAACUAGGCCUUAUAAGCAGUUAGGCGAGUUCCCCCCUUAUCAUUCUAUAAUUGAAAUGGUGUCUAUUUUUGUCCAUGAUAUCAAUUCGAUCGAGUUUUGUAAUAUGUAUUGGUAAAGAGAUGAAGAAGUUGUAUUUUAGAGCAUAAGAAUCCUAUUUUUUUACGAAGUUCGCACAUAAUCCGUUUCUUUCUGCA